AUAGAAGGCGCUCCAGUGAGAGUCAGUUUCACCGACAACCUUGUCUGUCUUGUUGACACCAAACAGCGAUUAAUCAAUUUAACGUUCGCAAGGACAAAAUAUUAGACUCGCUGUAGGACAAUCAAAAGUUUAACAAGCAUUUUAUUACCAAACCUCGCCGGGGAGAAAGAAUCAUUUUUGGAUAUCUGAUCAAGGAAGAAAAACUAGUUCACGCCGCUCGCGGGUCUAUUGCUCGCUACAAUUUUGAUUUGCUAAAUUAAACACGUUUUGUUGUUUCAGUUAACGUUAGUUCUGUAAAUGUUGUGACAUUUAAAAUAGUAUUUUGCAUUAGCCGUCGUUCGUGUGACGGGUGAACCCGAGCUGUCAACCCCGAUGACUACUGCAAAUUGCACUGGUAAUGAGGAGCUGGACUUCAGGCUGAUCUUCGGAGAGGACGGCCAACAGCAGUCGCUAGGCCCCGCAGAUCUGGAGCCUGACGACAAUACGUCGUUCUACAUCCUCAAUGUGGGCCAGCAGUCCGUGGUCAACAACCAGUCUAUGGGUCAGUCUCGCAAUGGCAGCAUGCAGCCUCACUCCCACUCCCAAGUCAUCAGCUCCUCCCCCCAUCAGCGCCUGCAGUCCCACAAGGUGUUCGACCCCAACUAUGAGGUCCAGGACAAUGUCAACAAAAACAAAUCCAGCCCUGCAGGUGGGGGUGGGCCUCCCAAAGCCUUUGAGUGUCCUAGCAUCCAGAUCACCUCUAUCUCCCCCAGCUGUCAGCAGGAGAUGGACGCUAACGAGGACAAUCUUAGAGGUAAUGAUGGGGACUACCACCAUGGGGACCGGCCCCUGUCCAGGGACCACCUGUACCUGCCCUUAGACCACUCAUACCGGGACUCAACUCUCAGCCCGUCCCCCUGCAGCUCCCUGUCCUCCAGGAGCUGGUUCUCAGACGCCUCGUCCUGCGAGUCCUUCUCCCACGUGUACGAUGACGUGGACUCUGAGCUGAACGAAGCGGCCGCAAGGUUUACCCUGGGGUCUCCCCGCACCUCCCCUGGCUGCUCCCCUCACCCUGGGGUCCUGGAGGAGGGUCUGUGGGUUGGGCAUCAGCACCACCACCCUGCCUUUCACCACUCCCACUCCCUGUCCCCCCGAGUCUCCCCCUGCCACUCCCCACGCACCUCCGUCACCGACGAGAACUGGCUGAGCCCCCGGCCGCCGUCCCGCCCCUCCUCACGCCCCACCUCACCCUGCGGGAAGAGACGCCACUCCAGCGCAGACAUCUGCUACCCAAUGGGCUCCGUGUCCCCACACCACUCCCCGAUCCCCACCCCCGAGCCGUCCCCAAGGGGCAGCGUGACAGAGGACACCUGGAUAGGAAGCCCCUCCAUGGGCAUGUUCCAGUGCUGCCCUUCCGAGGCAGACAUCCCCUCCAAGACUAGGAAGACUUCCCAGGACCGGACAUGCUCCAUGGGGGGGAAGGGGGACCUGGGCCUGGACGACUCUGGGAACGGGUCCCCCCCUAUGGACUCUCCCUCGGAAGACACCUUGCACUCCCUGAAGAAGGACGGGCCAGGGGAACAGUUUCUCUCAGUGCCCUCACAUUUCACAUGGAACAAACCCAAACCAGGACACACACCCAUCUUCAGGACCUCUUCCCUACCCCCCCUGGACUGGCCCCUGCCCCAGCUGUUUGGCCAGUACGAGCUGAAGGUUGAGGUGCACCCCAAGGCCCACCACCGAGCACACUACGAGACGGAGGGAAGCAGAGGGGCGAUCAAAGCUGCAUCAGGCGGUCAUCCUGUUGUCAAGCUGAUGGGCUACAACGAGAAGCCUGUCAACCUACAGAUGUUCAUCGGCACGGCAGACGACCGCUACCUCAGACCUCACGCCUUCUACCAGGUGCAUCGGAUCACUGGGAAAACGGUGGCCACCGCCAGCCAGGAGAUCAUCAUUUCCAGCACCAAAGUUCUCGAGAUUCCUCUGCUUCCCGAAAACAAUAUGUCUGCCAGUAUUGACUGUGCUGGCAUCCUGAAGCUGCGCAACUCAGACAUUGAGCUGCGGAAGGGGGAGACUGAUAUCGGGCGGAAGAACACGCGUGUGCGAGUGGUGUUUCGUGUACACAUUCCCCAGCCCAAUGGGAAGGUUCUCUCUCUACAGGCUGCAUCCAUCCCUGUGGAGUGUUCCCAGCGUUCGGCCCAGGAGCUUCCCCAGGUAGAGAAGGCCAGUCUGACCGGCUGUCUGGUCAGCGGGGGAGAGGAGAUGGUCAUCACAGGAUCCAACUUCUUCCCCGAAUCAAAGGUCAUAUUCCUGGAGAAGGGCCCUGAUGGACGACCCCAGUGGGAAGUGGAGGCCAAAAUCAUCCGUGAGAAAAGUCAAGGAUCGAGCGUCGUAGUGGAGGUUCCUCCCUACCACAGUAAGACCGUGACCUCGGCUGUUCAGGUGCAGUUCUACGUGUGUAACGGCAAACGGAAAAGGAGCCAAUCACAACGCUUCACUUACCUGUCAGUCCUGGUGAAGCAAGAGCACAACAGAGAAGAGAUGGAAGGGCCCCCUGCUGUGCCCCCCAUGCCUGGUAUGUCCAUGCCCCUGGCCCAUGCUGCCAGCCUGGUCCACAGUACCCACACCCAGCUGCCUUCCCCUGAGCAGGGCCACCCACCGGAGGGCCUUCUGUCCAGCUCUCCCCGGGGCCUGGCUGCGGGACCCGGCUCCAGCCUCCAUACUCUGCAGCCUGCCUGCCCCCUCAUGGGCUCCCCCACCUUCCAGCACCUGCCUCACCUCCAGGGCCGAGGCCUCCACACGCCUGCUGACUGCCACAUGACGUUCCAUCCGGGCCCAGCCCCUCUCAACAGGCCCUCCUACCAACACCAUCCUAUGCAGCAGAGUCACACCCACCCCAGCCACCUAAGCAACCUAAAUCCCAACCUGCCCUACAAUGGCCAGCCCAGCCUUUCCAUGAACAUGAACACUGGGGCUCCGCAGAGCUAUGAGAGGAUGCCUUACCACCACCAGCAGUCUGACCCCGGGGCCUCACACCCCCACCCCAUGGGGCUGGGUAUGGUGUACCACUCCUCCCCAUCCACCUCCUCCCAGCAGGCCUCCAGCCCCCACAGCCCCAUCUCCACGGCCCCCCACAGCCAGCCCAUGACCCACUCCUCUCACUCUGCCCCUCACCUGCUCUCCAUGGGCUACCACUGCCCCCCCAACCCCAGCCAGGUUCCCUCGCCCACCCGCCCCAACCACCCCAUGGGCCAGCCCUCACCCACCCUCACCAACCAUCCGAUGCAGCCCUCCCCCCAGCUGCAGAGAGCUAUGGGGGGCUACCACCCCACCAGCCAGAGGUCUGCCUCCUGUCCCACUACCUCCAGUGCCCCUCCAGCCCACAUGGUUCCAUCGCCCCAUUCUGGGCCAUCCUCCCCCCAGCUCCACUCCCUGCCCUACCAGUCGCCCACCUCCCCCACCGGCAGCCCUCUGGGCCCCCCAGCACACAGUCUCCAGGCCAGCAGCCCUGUCAUGUCCAGCCUGUCCCCAGGCUCGUGCAGCGGCAACCCCGUGCAGCAGCACCCCCUUGCCCCCCAGCAGAGCCCCUUCCCUAUGGAGGGGGAGAGUGUGAACAUCAAGCAGGAGCCGGAGGAGAGAGAGCCCACCUUCAGAACCAUCGGCCUACAGGACAUCACACUGGACGACGUGAAUGAGAUCAUCGGCAGAGACAUGUCCCAGUCCCCUGGUGGCGGUGCCCAGUCGUAGCGCUGUCCAUGGCCAGGCCUCCACACACCCAGCUGGGCAUAGCAGUGUCCUCACCAGCCCCAACACCACCACCUCCACCACAGGACUUUACCUGCCUCUAGGCAGGACAGACUGGGCUGAGAUUCCCCUUUACACUUCAUGGACCUACCAGUCCACAAAAAGACCCUCCAGAUACACAUUAACAAACCUUUCAUAUACCCAUAUGGCAGCAAAAGAGCUCAGAUUCACCCACCUACACAUGUAUACAUCAGAUUAUAAACAGGAGAACACCGUGGUGACAAACUAGGAUUAUUGGGGUCAGUGAAUGGCAGAAAGACAAGGAACAUGUUCUCUGUUCAGUUGACUUCAGGUUCAUUUUUAGCAUUAGUUCUCUGUCCUGGGCUCAGAUCCCCAGAGGUGAUCACUGGUUUAGAUAGUGAUCACCUCCUAAACGGUUUCUAUGCAGCUAAACUCUCUGUUCAGGGUGUUUGGUUGGAGUAUGUAAUAUACCCUCUCAAGUCAUAAUGUUGCCCCUAACAGUGUAGUGCUCAGUGAGGAACAAUAGGACCCCUCAGUAGGAAUAAAGAAGGGUUGAAUACUGUACUCAUGAUUUUCUCACCAGCAUAGACCUCGACGGUACAUACACCCCGGUUGGUUGAGCACCCCCUGGGAGUGUAGAGGUAGUACUGCAGCCCCACUGCGACACCCCCAUCACCCUUGUCCUUCUUUGUCUCUGGGUGCCUGGGAGCCCCUUCUCUUCUUCUCUGGUGCUGGACUGGGAUCUGUAAUAUGCAACAUUCCACACUUCUAGUGACCUUCCAGCCAUGUAGAUAUAGUGCCUUCAGAAAGGGUUCACACCCCUUGACUUUUUCCACCUUUUGUUGUGGUACAGCCGGAAUUUCAAAUAUAUUAAAUGUAGACGUUUUUGUCGCGGGCCUACACGCAAUACCCAAUCAUGUCAAAGUGGACUUGUGUUUUCAGAAUUGUUUAUAAAUUCAUAAAAAAUAAAGAGCUGAAAUGUCUUGAGUGAAUAAGUAUUCAACCCCUUCGUUAGUACAAGCCUAAAUAAGUUCAGGAGUAAAAAUGAGCUUAACAAGUAACAUAAGUUGCAUGGACUCUCUGUGUGCAAUAAUAGUGUUCAACAUGAUUUUUGAAUGACUAUCUCAUCAAUGAACCCCACCCAUAAAAUGAUCUGUCAAGCAGUGAAUUUCAAACACAGAUUCAACCACAAAGACCAGGGAGUUUUUCCAAUGCCUCGCAAAGAAGGGCACCUAUUGGUAGAUAGGUAUAUUAGGUUAAAAAAAAUCAGAUAUUGAGCAUAUCUCUUUGAGCAUGGAGAAGUUAUUAAUUACACUUUGAAUGGUGUAUCAAUUCACCCAGUCACUACAAAGAUACAGGCAUCCUUCCUAACUCGGUUGCCGGAGAGGAAGGAAACCACUCAGGGAUUUGACCAUGAGGCUAAUGGUCUCUUUAAAACAGAGUUUAAUGGCUGUGAUGGGAGAAAACACGAUGAAUCAACAACAUUGUAGUUAUUCCACAAUACUAACCUAAUGGACAGAGAUGAGUAGAGGGAAGCCUGUACAGAAUACAAAUAUUCCAAAACAUGCAUCCUGUUUGCAACAAGGCACUAAAGUAAUACACAAAAACAUUUGGCAAAGCGAUUAACUUUUUGUUCUGAGUACAAAGUGUUAUGUACUCUCCAUAUGUUCAAGCAUAGUGAUGGCUGCAUCAUGUUAUGUGUAUGCUUGUAAUCGAUAAGGACUGGAGAUUUUUUUUUUAAUUAAAUAAUAAGCAGAAUGGAGCACAGGCAAAAUUCUAGAGGGAAAUCUGGUUCAUUCUACU